ACCCUAAAUUUUUUGGUAUCUGACCUCAUUUUCAUGGCUGACUAUGCCAUCUACCUUUCCAGAAAAAGGCUAUUAUACUUACUAUAAGUCCAUCCAUAGUUGGAUUGGAGAGAUCAAGAAGCAGAUGCUUAAACUGGGAGAUGAUGAGUCCAACAUGAGAUCAACAUCAGAAAAUGUUGAAGAUGGCAAAUAUGUGGUGAGCUUGGAGGAAGACGUGGAAAUGCUGAUUCGCACAAGGAUUAUUGGAAUAUCUAUAUUGAAGACAAUUGUUAUCAAAGGGAUGUGUGGUAUUGGGAAGACAGCUCUUGCGAGAGAGAUAUACAACCAUCCAACCGUCGUUAAGCACUUUAAGUGCCAUGCUUGGGUAUCUAAUUCUACUCCCUUCACUCUUAAAGAGCUAUUUAUCAAACUAAUACAACAGGUAAUAGAUCGUAAGAAUCGUUAUACAUCUACGUCAUUGGAGAAUAUGGACAACCGAAGGCUUCAAGAUAUGCUUUGCCAACACCUGAGAGGAAGGCCAUAUUUGAUAGUUCUCGAUGACGUGCCCAAACAAAUGCACUUGAAGUCAUUCUUGAAAGCUCUUCCAAAAGAAUGCUUUGGAAGUAGAUUGUUGUUCACAAGUCACGUGAAGCAUAUGGACAUAGAUGUACGUGAUGAAGAUGUUCAUGAGAUGAAACCUUUGGAUUCUAAUAAGAGCUGGCAAUUGUUUUUGAAAACAAUAAACCAUGGCAAUAAAUUGACGGGUGAGCACAGGUUCCCAAUGAACUUGCAGCAUAUGGGAAAACAAAUGUUGAGAAAAUGUGGUGGUCUGCCAUUAGCUAUAAAAGAGGUGGGAAAGCAGUUAGCGGAAAAGAAAGUCUCAGGAGGGAGUGAAUGGGAACAACUUCUUGAAUCAGUUGAUUUUGGUUCAACAUUGAAGUUAUUGGAACCAUUUUAUCAAAAAUUGGAUCCCAGACUGGAGCCAUGUUUCAUGUAUAUGUCCUUCUUUAAGGAAAAUACAACUUUGAGGGCAGAAAAGUUGAGAGAGAUCUGGCAUGUAGGAGGAGUGGUUUCAAGAUCUAACUAUGAACCAUAUAUAAAUGGUUUCAUCGAUGAAUCUUUUAUCGCAGUCGGGGACAAGGGCACUGAGUAUCGCAUGAAUCCCCUGCUACACAUGCUAUCCAUCCAAAAGGCAGAGGAGAAGCUUGGUUUUGAGAUCCUAAGGAGUCCUCGUCAUCAUCGUGUAAUCAUUUGUAGCAGAGACAAGUUCAACUACUCCACGGAUCAAGAUAAACAUCUUGUUUCCCUCUUCUUCCAUGGAGGUGGCUACUUGGACACUAGUCCGUCUUAUUGGAAGAGCUUUGAAAAACUUAAGAUUCUUGAUUUGGAAGAUUUUGGGUUGAAGAUUUUACCGGAGACUAUCGAGAAAUUGAUGGAAUUAAGAUACUUGGGGCUUAGAAAUAAUUACAUAAAAGAGUUGUCGCAAUCGUUGGGGUGCUUGAAAAAGGUUGAGGUUCUUGACAUAGCUCAGAAUUUUAUGGUGGAGGUGCCAGAUAUUAUAUGGGAAAUGUGUAGCCUUCGCCACGUCUACAUGUCUGAUGUGAUUUGCCGAAAGUCUUUGAAGAUAGACGCGCUACAGUUUCUAGAGACCUUAACCUAUGUCUCAAUUGAUAAUUGGACAUAUGAGCUCUCUGGCUUAAAAAUGUUGACUAUGCUUGGGAAAUUGGGCAUAGAAGGAUUGGAUGGAAACUCAGAUGUAAGCAAGCUCUUUGCAUCAUUAGCUAAUAUGAGGAGCCUCGAGCACCUAAUCUUAAGAGGGUAUCGUUUCAGAAGCAUGCCUUGUUUGGAUAGACUUGGUAUUCUACAAAGUGUUGGUACACUCAAAUUGGAUGGACUCCUUGGCAGGCUUCCAACAAGUUUCCCUCCAAAUAUUGAAUCAUUGACGUUGGUUAAUAGCUGUCUUGAUGAAGACCCCAUGCCACUACUAGAGAAGCUACCCGAGCUAAAAUACCUCAAAUUGCGGAAUGCAUACACUGGUCAACAAAUGGUGAUCUUGCCCAAAGGCUUCCCUGGUCUCACAGUCUUGUGCAUCGAAGAGCUGUGGAAUUUGAGAAAUGUGCAAUGUGGAGAAGGUGCAAUCUUUCAGCUCGAGAAAUUAGAAAUCCAUGAUUGUCCAUAUCUGGUUACCCUCCCGAAUUCGUUGGUUCUAUUUCUGAAGAAGUUAAAGAUGGUGACAACCAAAAGCAUUGCAGCUAAGAUCAAGAAUUCAGACUUAAUCUCCAAAAUAGGGAUGGUGAAUAUCAAUCCAUGAGCUACCGCAGUUGUCUGCAUUAUUGUUAAGUACAUUUUCUAGCUACAUUUUCUUCCUUGAUGGUUGUGUGUUUGUAAAUGACAUUUAGUUGCGAUAAUUGUGGUUUCUUCAUA